AUGGAGCCCGGUAUUGCUAUUCUGGCCGACCCUAAUUUCCCUCUUGAUCAGGUUACGACCAGAGACUUCUUUGCCGACACAUCGGACGGCCAAAAUAUCCUUCUGCGCUGGUACUCUUCGAACCACAAGUCUCCAAGCCUAGCGGUGAUCUACGCUCAUGGUGGUGGUAUGAUCUUGGGCAGUGUCAAGGCCUAUGAUAAAGUAGUGGCAGCAUAUGUCGCCCGCACGGGGGUGCCGUUUCUCGCAGUUGAUUAUCGCCGGGCUCCGGAGCAUCCCCAUCCUAUCCCCGUCAACGAUGUUUAUGCCGCUUUGAACUGGCUAGUCGCGCAUUCUGAGGAACUUGGAGUAGAUACCAGCCGCAUUGGUAUUAUGGGCGAUAGUGUUGGUGGCGGCCUGGCUGUAGUAACGGCACUCCUUGCUCGACAGCACGACGGACCCUGUAUUGCGAAGCUCAUUCUGGUAUCCCCCAUGCUUGAUGAUCGCACAGUUUCAGCUGACGAGCACUUGACCCCGUUUCUGAGCUGGAACACCACGGACAACGAGACCGGCUGGCAGGCCUUAUUAGGCUGUAGUAGGGGCAGAGAGGUGGUGGCCGAAACAGCCGCGCCAGCACGCAUGGUAGAUGCCACGGGUAUGCCGCCUCUGUAUAUCGUGGUGGGCGAGUUGGUUGUCUUUCGAAACGAGUCGAUUGAACUUGCGACCAAAUUCUACAAGUCUGGUAUCAGUGCAGAACUCCAUGUGUAUCCAGGAUGUCCGCAUGGAUUCGACAUAUUCCCCUCGAGAGAAACUGGAGUCUGCAAAAGGGCGUUUGAAAAUCGAGACCGAGCUUUUAAGAGCAUAUUUCCGGCAAAUUCAUAA